GGGCGGGGCGCGGCGGCACCUGGGCCGCGGGAGAGCCGGGGGUGGGCUCUCGGGGGACAACCAGCUGCCCCCCCAGAUCUGCAGCGCCGGCCGCCGGGAGCUCGAGGCUCCAGGCGCAGAGGCUGCGCUGUCACAUGGGCGGCGGCGACGGGGCCGCAUUUAAGCGGCCAGGGGACGGCGCCCGCCUGCAGCGCGUCCUCGGGCUUGGCUCCCGCCGGGCGCCCCGCUCUCUGCCCUCCGGGGGCCCCGCACCACCCCCGCCGGGCCAUGCGAGCGCGGGCCCCGCCGCGAUGAGCUCGCACAUUGCCAAGAGCGAGUCCAAGACGUCGCUGCUCAAGGCGGCGGCGGCGAGCGGGGGCAGCCGGGCUCCCCGCCACAGCUCUGCGCGGGACCCCGGGCUGCGUGGCCGCCGGCUGCCCGGUCCCUGCCCCGGCUCGCCUCCACCGUGCGGGGACCCCAGCUCGCGGAGGCCCCUGUGCCGGCCCGUGCCGCGGGACGAGGGCGCGCGCGGGAGCCGGCGUGGGCUGCCCCAGGCGCACUGCAGGCCCCGGGAGACGCUACCGCCGGCCCGCGGGCGCGAUGGGGAGGAACGGGGGCUGGCGCCAGCGCUCGGUCUACGGGGCUCCCUGCGAUCGCGGGGUCGCGGGGACCCGGCUCCUGCUGGCACCCCCGAGGCGGACCCGUUCCUCCACCGGCUGCGCCCCAUGCUCAGCUCCGCCUUCGGCCAGGACAGAUCGUUACGACCAGAGGAGAUUGAAGAGCUCCGAGAGGCCUUCCGAGAAUUUGACAAAGACAAGGAUGGUUACAUCAACUGCCGGGACCUGGGGAACUGCAUGCGCACCAUGGGCUACAUGCCCACCGAGAUGGAGCUCAUUGAGCUGUCUCAGCAGAUCAACAUGAACCUGGGUGGCCACGUGGAUUUUGAUGACUUUGUGGAACUGAUGGGCCCUAAACUCCUGGCGGAGACGGCAGAUAUGAUUGGUGUAAAGGAGCUGAGAGACGCCUUUCGGGAGUUUGAUACCAACGGUGACGGGGAGAUAAGUACGAGCGAGCUUCGAGAGGCCAUGAGGAAGCUCCUGGGUCAUCAGGUGGGACACCGGGACAUAGAGGAAAUUAUCCGAGACGUGGACCUCAAUGGAGAUGGACGAGUGGACUUUGAAGAGUUUGUCCGGAUGAUGUCUCGCUGAGGCCCCCGAGGGGCUCCUCCAGGUCUGCCAACUCCCACAGGCGGGGAGAAGAGCUGAGCUCGCCUCACCCCCGCAGUAGCUGCCGAAAGCCCAGGAUGUACUGGCGGAUGGGGCCUGCCUGCACCCUGGGGAGGUGCCCACCCCGGACCCCCCCACCCCUCCGCACUGUGAAAGACUCACAACUCUUGCAACUGGAAAAAGGGGGCGCCCGCCGGCGAGGAGGCCACAGUGCCAAGCCGGUAGAGGACAUGCAAGGCACCAAGUGCCAUGUGCCCAGCCGCUGCUGGCUGGCUGGGUGGGCCAGGGAGCCGGCCAGCAGACCCCACACAGCAUGUGUGCCCCAGGGCAGAGCCUCUCAGCGCCUUCCUGAUGCCCGUCCCAGCUCGCCUAGCCCUUUGAUCUCAGAACCAAUAAAAAAAAAACCGAGAAUGA